AUGCCGACGGAUCUAGAUCACAGUAAGAUCUACGAUGAUAAAUUAUUGACAAGGGUUAGUUCGAUGCUACAUCCAGAUAGCUUCAAUUGCUGUGAUGAAGAUGCAUCAAAAUUGGGAACUAUCAGCAAUCCAGUUCGUUACUGUGGAGCACAUUUUGAAAAGGCUUGGUUUGAUCUGGCACUCCCACACCAGAAUAGGCCGAAUUUUUAG